AGAGUGGCUUGGUGCACUGCGUAUAUAAGGAGUGGGACAUAGGCAUUGCUCCACAUUCGGCACCUCUCUCCUUGCACUAGCAAUUGAGUGUAAGGCGACAUGAUGAAGCUGCUACUCCUUCUCAGCUUGGUGGCUCUCUCCCAGUGCCUCGUGUCCAAGGUCUCUCUGAGGAAAGGCAAGUCCCUGCGGCAGUCCCUGAAGGAACAUGGCUUGCUGGAACACUACCUGAAGCAUAACCCUUACAACCUGGCCUCCAAGUACUUCCCUGCUCUGGCUAGCACAGUCUCCUCUGAGCCCCUGGAGAACUACUUGGAUGUGGAGUACUAUGGCACCAUUUCCAUCGGCACCCCGGCCCAGGAUUUCACCGUCCUGUUUGACACCGGCUCCUCCAACCUGUGGGUGCCCUCAGUGUACUGCUCCAGCGAGGCCUGCACCAACCACAACCUCUUCAACCCAGCAGACUCCUCCACCUUUGUGAGCACCAACGAAAAUGUCUCCAUUGAGUAUGGCACCGGCAGCAUGACCGGCAUCCUUGGCUACGAUACCGUUGUUGUUGAGGACAUCACGAUCAGCCAACAGAUCUUUGGGUUGAGUGAGACUGAGCCUGGCGAUUUCUUCUACUACACUCCCUUUGAUGGUAUCCUGGGCCUGGCCUUCCCCAGUAUCUCUUCCUCUGGAGCCACCCCUGUCUUCGACAACAUGAUGAGCGAAGACCUGGUGUCCCAGGACCUCUUCUCUGUCUAUCUGAGCAACGACGACGAGAGCGGCAGCUUUGUCCUGUUUGGUGGCAUUGACGACUCUUACACCUCUGCAGGCAUCAGCUGGAUCCCUCUCUCUGCUGAAACCUACUGGCAGAUCACCAUGGAUAGUGUCUCCAUGAACGAUGAGGUCAUUGCCUGCUCAUCCAGCUGCCAGGCCAUCAUCGACACCGGCACCUCUCUGCUGGCUGGCCCCACCAGUGCCAUUGAUAACAUCCUGGAUGCCCUUGGCUCUGACUCCAGUGGCGAGAUCAGCUGUGACAGCGCCAGCAGCUUGCCCGACAUCGUCUUCACCCUUAACGGCAACGCCUUCUCUGUGCCUGCCAGCGGCUACGUCGUGGAGAGCGAUGGGUCCUGCAGCCUUGGCUUUGAAAGCGUGGAUGUCGAUGACCUCUGGAUCCUUGGUGAUGUCUUCAUCCAUGAGUACUACGUGAUCUUCGACAGGGCCAAUGACAGGGUAGGCCUGUCCUCCCUGUCUUGAGCAUGCCAGUGCGAUGCACAUCUGCAGCCCGUCUCAGAGGGAAAGCUGGGCUGGUCCUGGCCCAAUGCUCCCAUCCCCUCCUGCAACAAUCAUCCUAUAGAAUAAAGCAGUGUAAAAGCA